AUGGCCUCGUCUAAGCUCGCAACCAUUGGCAUCCUCUCUCUCGGGGACAUGGGCACGGGGAUCGCCAAGCUUCUCGUGGCCAAGGGCUUCUCGGUGGCCACCAACGGGUCGGGCCGCAGCAAGGAGACACUGGAGAGGGCGCAGGCCGCCCGCGUCACGAACCUCGCAACCGAUACGGACCUCGUCAAGCAGUGCGACGUGAUCCUCUCCAUCGUGCCGCCGCGCGAUGCUGAGGACACGGCGCAGCGGGUCAUAGACGCGAUGCAGUUCGUCAACAAGGAGCAGCAGCUGUACUUUGCGGACAUGAACGCCGUGGCCCCCAGCACCAUCAAGGCCAUGGAAAGGAGCAUCAAGAGGGCGCAGGUGCCCAUCACCCUCAUCGACGGCUCGAUUCUUGGAGGGCCACCCAAGCCCAAGGAGGCGGGCUCUCCUGCUGAUGCUGGUGGAGCCAGCGCGUCGGCCGGGGGUGACUGGUACCUGCCACUCAUGCCGACGUCAGGCCCGGUGCAGGUCGCAGAGAUCCCGGGGUACGGGGCCAAGCUGGCCGAGACACUGAACGUGAGACACAUUUCGCCCGGCAUUGGCGCCAGCUCCGGGCUGAAGAUGUGCUACGCGUCGCUCUCGAAGGGCUACGCCGCCAUCGCGAUACAGUCCUUCACCACCGCCCAGAGGAUGGGCGUUCUGGAGCCACUGCGCGAGGCGCUGCAGGAGACUGUGCCCGGGCGGGUGAAGCAGACGGAGAACGCACUGACAGGGAUGCCGCCGAAGGCCUAUAGGUGGGUGAGGGAGAUGGAGGAGAUAGCUAAGACGCACGCUGAGGAGGGUGGCUUCGAGGAUUACCUUUUCAAGGGCGCGGCUGGGGUCUUUAAGGCUGUCGCCCAGGAUACAGUCCUGGGGCAGGAGAAGGUUGGGCAGAGGAAGAGGGGGCGCACGGCCGAGGAUGUGGCUGCUGCGAUGGCGGAGGGCAUGGAAAAGAGGAGAAAGAAGAUGGACUGA